AUGACGACAUCCGUUGCUUGGAUGGUUCUGUUUUGGUUACGGCUCAAAUCUACGACGAAGAGAAUUGAUGUUGCCUGCCCUGCCUCGGAAGAUGCCUCGGAUUUUUACAAGAGGCUGGGACUGGACAUUCUGGCCACGUCCUCCACUUCCAGACAGUCCGAGGAGGCUGAGCAACCAAGAAAACGUGCAGUACCGAAUAUUAGGCCCACUUACAGACAUGACAGAGUGGUGUCUAAGUGGUCUCAGCCCCAGCAGACAGUCAGGCAAUUUAGAAACAGUGGAAUAUCUGAGUCAGUGGCAACAGCUGCUGUCUAUGAAAAACAACAUGACCAUCCUUUUGAUCACCGUCAACAUUACCAUGAUCAAAAGAAAGAGGUCGCAAAUGGUGGCCCCAAGUACCAGCCUCAACAUCAUCCACAUGGGUACAUGCACCAUACGUAUGGAAGAUCUGAGGACACCAGACAGCGGGCUCAACCAGCUCCCACACAGCAGAGAGUGGUGAAAAAAGAGCCCCAGGUCAAGCCCAUUAACAGGUAUGCUCCUCCAGAGUACAUCACACUACAGUAUCACCCAACACCAACUCUGGAGGACCUGGGCUUGACCAGCUAUCUGGACAGCCCUCCAUCCUCUCCUAGAGCUACCUCAUCUGAUCAAGACCUAGGUCAUGUGUCUACAUCAGCUUCAAUCAUCACAAGAAGGGCAGAGAGACCUCAAGCCAUCUCUGUCUGUGAAACAAUCUACAAUAUUAGGUGUAUACCUCUCAUGGCAUUUAGUGAAUGGGGAUUUAAGGUACAAAUUAAACCAACAGAAGUUUAA